UUCCCCUAAUAAAACAAAAAAUAAAUAAAUCAUUUAGGUUGCUAACAUCACAUAUCUCCAAUAAUGCAUGCUUAAGCUUUAAACAUUAUCCGUGCAAAAAGAUGACAACUUCAAUUUAAGUGUUUACAUGGAAGCUUAAAACGGCUCACGGACAUGGUAAUCUUGCUUUAUAUGUUUGUACCUUGGAAAACAUUUGUCUUUCAAUGUGUUUAGGGAAUGUUUGGGUGUGUGUUAAAGUUACUUAGUUGAUCAAAUGUAAGCAGUGUGAGCGUAUACAUGCUGGGCAAGGCUAACUGCUAAGUGUGGCCCUUAGAUGUGUGUCUUAGUAAGUAAUUUAUUUUAUUGUAGUUACAAUGAGGAAACAUUUAUAAAGAUCUUCAUUUAAGAAAAGCAAGCCUUUGGUGAAGAUUCUUGAGUUCAAGUUGUUGGCUAGCUGCUAGCUACAAGUAGCUAAAUGCACUAAGGAUGGCAGAUCCUCUAUACACAGGGCUAAUUCCUAAUUAUUCACAAGUUGUGCCAAAUAAAAGUAAAAUAUCUCAAAGGCUAAAUCCCAGACCUGUACAUUUUUUCAAUUUUGAGAGAGGAGAUGAAGCCACAGAGUUUGAUGUUUAAUUUGUGUAUGGUUUGUAAAGGUUGGGUCACUGAAGGAGUAAUAACCAAUACCAAUAUUUUCUGAUUUUUAUGCCAAUAUCGGACAAUAAUUUUGAUAGACUGAUAAUAUCAGACAUCCCUAGUUUCAAGUCUAUUUUGUAGCGUAGUUAAUCUACAUAACUAGAAUUUAACGCUGUUUGCUAUCAGCUUUGUUAGAUCCUGAGAAAGAUCAAACAAAUUAGCAUAUGAAACUUAUAUCAUGUGUAGAUAUCCACGGAUAUCUAUAUAAGUGAUAGAUGUUCAUACACCAACUGGCUUGGUCUAUAUUUAAUCCAAAGAUUAAUAUUUAAUUUAAGAGAUUUAAAUUAAUAGCAAAAGUUUAUUUAUUAAAUCAGAAGAUUUAAAGAAAUUUUUGCUCGUUCAAUAACCAAAUAUACACCACUCUGUGUUUCAUUUCAAAGAAGAGUCAGGUUUUAAAAGUUAAGAAUUUAUUACUAACAUUUAAAAUAUGACAAUUUAAAAGACAAUUCAUAAAUGACAAUUUAUAAAAGCUUUGAUAUUAAAACUUGGUAUUAAAGCAACCCUGUGUCUGGAUUAACUAAAAUGAGAUGUGUGUGUUUGGAUGUGUGCAUGUAGUCUCAGAAGGUUUCCAUAAGAGAGAAAAUGUGUUCUGGGUGAAAGAGUUGUUUUGCAGCUGAGCUAAGUUAAUUCUUAAAGAAACAGGCACACAGAUGCAAUCUGUCGGAAGUGUCUACCUCACCCAGUUAGGAGACCCCCUACUUGGAUCCAAGAUGUCAGGAGGAGAUGAUGACCUCCAAGCACGAGCUUGUUGCAGAUGGCGUUUCUGUGAAGCAAUUCUAUCAGCGUGACAGAACAGCUCAGUGGAGGCUUCGAGCGGCCGACCCAAUCCUCUGGGACUCUCGUCGCCACAGAGAUUUUGCCUCUUUGGGAAGCCUUUUGAUGGAGGGAAGAGGAUGGAGCAUGGUGGCCCACAGGAGCCGCACCAACAACAUCCAGUGGAGCAGCAGCAGCACCACCCUGCCAUGAUGCGGCUCUAUGAGGUCCAGAAGGAGGUGUUGUCUCUGGGGCCGCACGUCUGCACCUUCAGUGGCCUGCAGGACGACCGGGAAUACAAGCGGAUGGAGCGCGAGCUAACCCGGCUGCUGCUGGAGGUGGACCAGGUGGACACAGAGGGCAAGGUGGAGCUGCAAGGGGCCCGUAAGAGGGCUGCUCAGGAGGUGGAAGGUCUCCUGCGCUACUUAGAGGAGAACGCCACCCACCCAUCCCGUCUGGCCAUGGAGGAGCUGAGCGUGGCGGCUCGGCAGCUGGUGGAUGAACAUGUUGUUGCUCCGCAGCGAGCCGGUGGGGUGACGGAGAUCAAUGACGAGCUGCUGGAUACUCUGCAGGAGCUGGUUCUGAGGCUCACCCAGGUCAAGACCGAAGGCAGGGUGCCGCUCCGCAAAGCCCGGUACCGGGCCUUAACGCGCUUAUGCGCCGUGCAGGAUGUCCUGGAAGGACGCACGCCACACCAGACCCUCUCCUUACCACUGUCGGGGGACUCCAACGAGGCCGUGCACCGCAUCAACCAGGUGAUGGUGAAGGUGAGUAUGGCUCGCAGCCAGCUGGUGGCUCUGCUGAUGGGACUGAGUGGGAGGGACAGCUGCGCCCACCUGUCUCGCAUCCUGACGGAGCUGCAGGUGGAGCUGGAUGCUCUGGACGUCUCUGGGAACGCAGCCGUCCGAAACUACAGGAAACAGGUGGUGGAGGAAAUCAACGGGCUGCUGAAGCAUCUGGAUCUUGAGGGAGAGGGGGACGACACCCGCAGGUACGAUUUGGCCCAGAACAACUCCAUCCGUGAGAUCGAAGCUGUGCGUGCUCACGUCUCUCACCUACGAGAGGGCGUCCUGCGACACUGUGCCAUGAGCGACCUCAGCUUCAGACCCAAAGCUGAACUUCUGAGCCUCCUGACACACCUGGACCAGGUGGACACGGCCAAGAAUCCGUGUAUCAGAGAGGCCCGCCGCCGUGCCGUGGUGGAGGUCCAGGCUGUUAUCACCUUCCUGGACCUACGCGAGGCCUUAGCCCAACGCCACCCGGGCCCCGACGAACGCCCGUCACACCGGGCCGUGUGGCUGGUUUUGGGGAGCCUGUCUGACCUCCAGGCCCAGGUGCUGGGCUUCGAUGGCAAACGGGCCGACAAGAGCUACAUGAUGCUGGAGGAGCUGCUGACCAAACAGCUGCUGAUGCUGGACGCUGUAGACGCCCAAGGUGACGAGAUGGCGAAGAUGGCGCGGAAGCAGGCGGUAAAGUUUGCCCAGAACAUUCUGAACUACCUGGACAUGAAGACGGACGAGUGGGAGUACUGACCUGUAGGUUCAGGCGCCGGUUAGGAAACAAAAGGAGCCGGCAGCGUGUGUACAGAACUAAAACACUGUCAUUCCAUUGGAGUCCACUGCAGCGCUGUUCUUUGUCUGUUUGUGGUUGUCAUGACCGCCCACGCUGAGAAACACAUCGUCGUGUGUGUGUGUGUGUGUGUGUGUGUGUGUGUGUGUGUGUGUGUGUGUGUGUGUGUGUGUGUGUGUGUGUGUGUGUGUGUGUGUGUGUGUGUGUGUGUGUGUGUGUGUGUGUGUGUGUGUGUGUGUGUGUGUGUGUGUGUGUGUGUGUGUGUGAAGCCUGCUGCCAACGCUCAGUCAUGCUUAUUGUUGUUUCCUGGGUUGAUGGUGAGCAGCGGCCUCGUGGGGCUGGU